UCUCCCGCACCAAUGGACCAUAUCGUAUUUCGGAAGCACCCAACGCAUACUAGACAAGUCUACAAUGGCAUCUCCUUCUCCGGCCACCGUGAUCCAGAUUCCAUCGCGGACCAACGGCACAGCACCGCCGACGCCUAAGGGCACCGAUGACUGCCCGACCGUGCCGACGGCAGCCAGCUUCGGGACAGCGACAGACAAGGUGAUGUCAAGCGCCGCAAACCUGGCGCAGCUCCUGCCGACGGGCACGGUGUUGGCGUACCAGGCGCUGUCCCCGUCCUUCACCAACCACGGGGCAUGCCUUCCCUCCAACAAGUGGCUCACGGCCGCGCUGGUCACCAUACUGGCCGCCUUAUCCCUCUUCUUCUCCUUCACCGACAGCAUCGUUGGCCGCGACCGCAAGCUCUACUACGGCGUGGCCACGCUACACGGCUUCAACGUGUUCAACUUCUCCGGGGAGGAGGAGGAGAGGGAUUGGGCGCUCGGCGAGCUCCAGAGGCUGAGGCUCCGGCCACUGGACUACGUGCACGCCUUCUUCACCGCCGUUGUGUUCCUCACCGUAGCAUUCAGCGACGUCGGGCUACAAAACUGUUUCUUCCCCAACGCUACAACCAAUACCAACCAGCUGCUAAAGAACCUGCCGCUGGGGAUGGCGUUCUUGUCGAGCUUUGUGUUCUUGAUCUUCCCAACAAAAAGGAAGGGCAUCGGAUACAACGACACCACUCUCCACCAGAAGGCCCCAUGAGGUCACUGAAAUUUCAGAUCCGGAUAUCGUAGAACAAUUUCAUGGUCGCUUGUAUUGGUUGCCUUGCUCCUGCCUAAAUUGUAGGUGUUGUAUACCAGUAUAAAAUCACAUGACUGAUUGUAGAUUCUAGUGGUUCUUUCUGUUUUUGUAAAUAUACGUCUUUUGAUGUAUAGGUGUGGAAGAACGUCUUUUGAUGUCAGA